AUGCCCGCAACCCUCCACGGCUCCUCCCGCACCCGCAAAUGGCUCCUCUCCUCCCCGCCCAUCGAGUACGUCAUCUCCCUCACGCAAGAGCUGCUCAUCAACGCGCUGCGCCAGGGCCCCGUCCCGCAGCACAUCGCCUUCGUCAUGGACGGCAACCGGCGCUUCGCGCGCAGCAGCCACAUCGAGACCGUCGAGGGCCACCACAUGGGCUUCGAAGCCCUCGCCAAGAUCCUCGAGGUGUGCUACAAGAGCGGCGUCAAGGUCGUCACCAUCUAUGCGUUCAGCAUCGAGAACUUCAAGCGCCCGCUGCACGAGGUCAACGCGCUCAUGGAGAUUGCGAAGAUUAAGCUCGGCCAGCUGUGUCAGCAUGGGGAUCUGAUGGAUCGCUAUGGCGCGAGUCUGAGGGUGCUGGGGCAUCUGCCGUUGUUGAGGCCCGAUGUGUUGGAGGUGAUUGAGCAGGCGACGGAGAUGACGAGGGGGAAUAACAAGGCGAUCCUGAACGUCUGCUUCCCCUACACCUCCCGCGACGAGAUCACCACCGCAAUCCGCACCAUCACGGCCACGCCGUCGUACAUGGACAUUGAGAGCAUCACCGAGCAGACGCUCACGGACCACAUGUUCACGGCCGACUGCCCGCCGCUCGACCUGCUCAUCCGCACGUCGGGCGUGGAGCGCCUGAGUGAUUUCAUGCUCUGGCAGUGCCACAAGGAUACGGAGAUUGUGUUUUUGGAGUGCUUGUGGCCGGACUUUGAUUUGUGGAAGUUUUUGCCGAUCUUGGUGGAUUGGGGGGUGAAGUGUCGGAGUAGGGGGAAGGCGGGGGGCGGGGCGGGGGGGCUGGAUGUGGUGAAGGAGGCGUAUUGA